UCGGCGAACACGCGUAUAUAAGCAUCGCCAUCGCCUCGGGUCGGAAGCCACCAACCGAGGGCACUCAACAGUGCAUUGUACCUUCUCUAAGAUGUCCCUGCUAACGUUAGUGCAGCGGUUUAACGCGGGAGCAGCGCAUGCGCAGGGUCAGUGCGUGUGGAGCGUGCCGCUGGGAGCCCAGCCGCUGGCGGUGGCCGCGGUGUGCCGGCCGGGCGUGUGCCAGGCGGCGGCCGUGGCACUCGCCGACCGCCGCGUGGUGCUGCACGGCGCGGCCGACGGGGCGCCGACGCACGUGCUCAACACGCGGGACGCCGUGUCCGCCAUCCACUUUGGCCGCCUCGGGAGGGAGGACAACGCCCUGGUCAUGGUUGGCACCGGAGGCAGCCUGACGGUGCUGAUCCUGCGGCGAAACGCACAGCUGCUGCAGUCACCAUCCUCGUCCCGCGAGGCGCCUGCAGGCGGCGCUGUGGGCGCUCCCCGCUGGAGCCUUCCCAAGAAGACCAAGCUGUUCGUGGACCAGACGAUGCGCGAGAGGGAGCACUCUGUCGCCAUGCACCGGGGCUUCCUGCGCGACCUGCAGCGCCUGCGGCUGACGGCAGCGCGCCACUACCACCGCGCCGUGCUGGGAGCUGCGGCGCCCGCCCGCUCCACCGACUGCACCGGAGAAACGGGCCCCGUGCUCGUCCAGCUGUCGGCGCAGGUGCAGGGUCUGGGACCACGGCUUGCCGUCCACGUGCGUCUGCAGUCGUCGCGACCGCUCAGCCGGCUCACCAUGAUCGUGCACGGUGACGACCAGUACCGGCUGCACAAGCCCACCAUGCAGGUGGCAUACCUGGUUCCAGGCCUUGCUUACCGCUACACCGCAAUGGUCACGGCGGAUUCCGGCGUGCCCGGAGAACUCAAGGUGGUCGUGGCUAGGCAGACGAGGGUCCUGGCAACAGCUCUGGUGCAGAUGCCCGCACUGGAUAUGCCUUAGCUACGCUCACUGGAUCGCAACGAGUAAGAUGACCUGGACGCCCA